AGCAUCGCCAACAUCCAGAGACGUGGGGUCGGCUAGCUGCAGCCUAUCUUGUUCCUCCAAAGCCCAAAGAAGUGAGGAACGCUUCCUCGCUCCCUCGACCGAGAUGCCCAAGGAGAAGGAUGUCUACUUGGCCGGGAACAUCGGGAACUACUGCACUGGCCAGGGCAAGCAGGAUAUGCGCAAGCAGCAGAUGAAUAAUGGCCAAAAUGGUCAGCUUCCACCGGUGGAGCACUACACCGAGUACUCAUCAUCAAAUUCAUCGUACACCACCGCUGCAGCAUACCCACACCGCCCUCCUCCACCAUACCCACCGUACCCUCCUCGGAAGCCGCCGGCGGCGUACGGGUACCCUCAGCCUCAGCCGGGCUGGGACGACGGCUACCCUCCUCCUGAUUUGCCCCCUCCACCGGAGCCGUACGGUUACCCUCCUCAGCCAGGUUGGGGUGGCUACUACGGCGGCGGCGGCUACCCGCCACACCCAGGAGGUCACUGGGGCGGCCACGGCCACGGCCACGGAAGGCACAUGGGGUGGAUAGCAGCCGGAGCCGCCGCCGCCGGAGCUGGCGCUUAUGGAGUGUACAACCACCUCCACAACCACCACGGCCAUGGUAGAGGCUAUGCUGGGUACGGCCAUGGCCAUGGCCACCAUGGCAAGUUCAAGCAGGGGCACCAGGGCAAGUUUAAGCACUACGCUCACCACGAUGGCAAGUUUAACAAGCGUGCUGGGCAAGGCAAGUUCGCUGCCAAGCCCCCCGUCACAGCGCUGGAGACAUGAGGUCCAAGACCACCCUGAUGGAUAUUGGCCUCUACUUGCUGAAUAUUAGGAUAAAUAAACUCCGAUAUGAUCAUCCUCUGGUGCAGCCUGCUGCUUCCCUUUCAGGACUGCCCGAUCGAUCAUGUCAGGGAAUUAAAGCCUCUGCCUUUGUGACGUGUUUUCUAGCUACUAUUCCAAGCAGGGAGAUCGUGUCUGCAUGCUUUGUUUUGUUUUCGAGAAUACGCAGGAAAACUGCGUGUGUGUAUGUUUGUGUACCACUCUAGAGGUUUGUGUCUGGACCAUCACAUGGUUUGCUAAUAAGCAGCACAGAACUGAGUAACGUUGUCUUGAUGAUA